AUGCGGAGCGCGGCGGUUUGUCCACGGCGCGCGGAAUGUUUCACAGCCACGCGUUCGCCAUCAACACGUCCGCGCGGACAAGGAUACGUCGCCCGAGCCGCGGAGAAUGCGUCCGAUCCGAGCGCCGAUCCGGUCCCGCCCGGGUGCGCUCGGUACGCAGUUGAGAUAAAGAAACCACUCGGCAUGUACCUCGCCGAGGAUAAAAACGGCAACAUAUUCGUCGAGGAGUUGCUCCCGGAGGGUGCGGCGGAGAAAUCUGGUUUGAUUAGUGUUGGCGAUCGAUUGAUCGCGGUCUCGGCGAUCGUGUUCAACAGCACGAUGGAUUACGGCGGUGUGGCGGUGAAGAAGGGUGAGGAGCAAAUUCGGUUCGCCACGCGAGGCGAAAAGUUUGACACGGUCAUGGCGGCCAUCUCGACUUGGCCAGCCCCGAGGAAGAUGAAGCUCGAGUUCCAACGAUGCGACGACGAAAACGGGGCGUGA